GAAGUGGUGCAGGUACGGGCCAAGGUGACGGUUGGAGCCGGCGCCAUUUCGUGAAGGGACGGACGGAGAGAGCAAACACAGGAGAAAAAAUUCUAGAAAAUAACCCGAGAAAACUCUCUCUCUGUCGACAUCGCCUGUUACAACCCGUCGAGGAGCGUGCGUGCCAUCAGCCGGCUGCAGGAACUGUCGACCAGGCAGCGGAAGCCGGGCGCUGGUGGGUUCCAGCAGCCGACCAGGGGAAAUGGCCACAUUGCAGCAGCAACAGCAGCAGCAGCAACAGAGCAACCAGAGCCAGACCUGGAUCGGGAACCAGGCAACGCAGGCAGCGCAGUGGGCCCAGCAGUACAGCUGCGCCGGCAGCGCGGCGACCGAGAAUUCCGGGAAGCAGGAGAACCCGGAAUGGGAGAAGGCCCGGCAGGCACUGGCCAGCAUCCACAAGGCCAGCUCACAGUCUGGGGCAGCCAGCAGUACCGGGCAAGGAGGUACCCAGAGUGCUCAGUACCUGGCACAGCAGGCAGACCCGGCCGCCAUGCAACAGUAUUAUCAGCAGUGGUACCAGCAGUACAGCUACAAUUACUCUUAUCCCUACUACAGCCCCUACCAGAUGAACAUGUAUUCGGGCUACCAGGGGCAGUACAACGUGCAGGGCUCCUACCCAGCAACACAGCAGGCUACCCAGCACAGCAGUAACCACACGCAGCAGCCACCCGUUCCGGGUUUGGAGGACAGCUUGACCUACCCAGGUUCCCAGCAGGCCCAGGGAGCGGUUGUUCAGCCACGGGAGCAACAGAGCCAGCAGCAGAAACACAAUGCGACAGGAGGCUCCGGUUCCAGCCACCAGCAACAGCAGCAACAACAGGGUCCAUACCCCGACUCCGGGGGCAAAGGCAAGAAAGGGCAGCAGCUGUGGCAGCGGAUGAAACAGGCACCGGGCAGCGGGGGGGUCAAGUUCAACAUCCAGAAGCGGCCAUACACGGUCAGCAACCAGAGCUUCGGAGGCACGGCGGAGCAAGGCGGGGCGAGUUUCACCGAGUCCGACAGCGGCUCUCCGACCAAGCCAGACGACUGGCCGCAGGCGAUGAAGGAGUACGUGCAGCGGUGCUUCACUGCGUGCGAGACGGAGCCGGACAAGGACCGCACCGAGAAGCUGCUAAAGGAUGUGCUGCAGGCCCGGCUCCAAGACGGCACCGCCUACACCAUCGACUGGAGCAGCGAACCCCUCCCAGAUCUGAGUAAAGAAGAAGCCAAGUCCACUCCCCCGAAGAAGAACCGUUGGGGCCUGCCCAGCAGCCAGUCUCACCGAGGAGGCCUGACCUCGAGCCCCUCACAGCGAGGUUCCCUAUCGUCUGCAGCCAAUCACCGCAGUGGCCCCCCGUCCUCACAGCGGGCUCGGGGCAUGGGACAGCCCUCCCGCUUCGGUUACCGCAAUGUCUUCACCCGGGAGCAGUCUAGCUCGUCGUCCAGCGCAGGCUCCCAUUCCCGAUCAGCUAGCCGGUCCCGAUCCUCAUCCCGAUCACCGCACAGGCGUCACCACCGCAGUGACAGCGGCUCGAGCUCGGAGUCCGAGAGCAGCUCAUACUCAGGCAGUGAGACCCGGGCUGGCUACAGGAAGCCCCUGCAAAAGGGCCGGGGCCGAGGCCGAGUGGAGCGGGGACGGGGCCGAGGUCGUAUGCACAGGACACGGAGGGACUUUGACACAAUGGGACCCGGUAAGAAGAGCCGCCGGGUGAAGCAGCACGGCCAGCUGGCCUUCGAGGACCCCGACAAGGAGUUCAAGAAGCAGCGACGGGCUGCCCGCUUCCAGCACGGCACCCCCAAGAGGCUGCGCGGUGAGCCCCUGGUGCUGCAGAUCAACAGCUUCGACAGCGGCGCCGAGCCCCUCGACUGGGACCACAUCAAGAUCGUUGGCACCAGCCAGGAGGUCACCAAGCACUACCUGCGGCUCACCUGCGCCCCCGACCCUUCCACGGUGCGGCCCGUUUCGGUUCUCAGCAAGUCUCUGGCCAUGGUAAAGACUCACUGGACCACCCACCAGGACUAUGCGUUUGCGUGCGAGCAGCUGAAAUCGAUCAGGCAGGAUCUGACGGUCCAAGGGGUACGUACUGAAUUCACAGUUGAAGUCUACGAGACGCAUGCACGGAUUGCUCUGGAGAAGGGCGACCACGAGGAAUUCAACCAGUGCCAGACCCAGCUGAAGUCACUGUACGCUGAGAACCUCCCAGGGAAUGUGGGGGAAUUCACAGCCUACCGAAUCCUCUACUACAUCUUCACACAGAACUCCGGAGACAUCACGACGGAGCUGGCCUUCCUCAGCCGGGAGCUGAAGUCAGAGCCAUGUGUCGCUCACGCCCUGGCCCUGCGAGCCGCCUGGGCCCUGUGUAAUUACCACCGCUUCUUCAGGCUGUACCGUCAGGCUCCGCACAUGUCCGCUCGCCUCGUGGCCAAGUUUGUGGAACGUGAGAGAAAGCAGGCCCUCAAGGCCAUGCUCAAAACUUACCGGCCAGCAUUGCCCGUCUCCUACGUGCAGUCGGAACUGGCCUUCGAAAGCGAGGAGGAGUGUCAAGGGUUCCUGAGCUCACUGGCUCUCACCUUUCUCGGAUCUGAUAGCACCAAGAUCGACUGCAAGCUGAGCGCCUUGCAGGCGCCGAAUUUCUGACCCUCUCCCGGCCUGUGUCCGACGCCUGGGGUGGGGGGCCUUGGCGGUGUGGGAUUGGGGGAGGGGGAGGUGCAGUGUUUGUAGGAUUGGUGGAUGAGGCGGCACAGACACUACAUCUGUUCCUUUUCGACAAUCCGCCGACUCUCCUGCCUUUCCCCCCCUCCCCCGCCCAUGUCUUCCUGGUAUAUAACUUCCCGUUUCUCCCCAACACCACGCCCGUUUUAGACAUUGCUUUUCGGGGGAACGGGUUCAAGUUCCUUUUCCAUGGGCUCUGUUUUUUGUUUGAUGUCCCCUCGGGAGCUUGUGGUUAUGUUGGCGUAGAAGGUGGUGAUUCACGGGCGGGUUGGGGGAGCCGAAGGUGGAUGUGUUGUGUGAAUCCUGUUUCCCCACUCCCCCCCCCCCAUGCUCCCACCCCAGGAUCACGUCUCCGUCGCUGAGUGGGACCCACACAGAGAAAGAGACAGACCCAUGCCCUCCACCCACCACCUCUGCAAUUCCUCUGUUUCCCCGCCCCCACCCCCGGGGUAGAUCUGUCCCUGUAUCUGCCCGCCGUCCCCAUCUCCUGGUCGGUGCUUUGGUAGAUGUUCAUCCUUUAACCCCACUCACUACAGCCAAAUCUUGGGAAUGCGAAGAGCUCUGGGCUGUUUUUGUUUGUGUGGGGGGGGAUGUUGCAGGGUGUGGGUGGGGUAUGUGCGGGGAGUUGACCCUGUGACUGUGUACAUAAUGUCUGUGUAUAUUUAUAUAUAGAGAUAAAAGAUGUGUAUUUCACAGCCUUUUUAACAAUUUGUACAGGCCUCGACAGCCAGAAAUGACCCACGUUUUCUCUCCCCUUCACCUCAGCUCCCUGUCUUGCCCUACCCUACCCCGUCCUCCCCUUCAUUGUCCCUUUUGUUGUCUUAUCUCUAGCAAUCAAGUGUACCUUUGUAAAAAGAAAAAGUUGUCUUGUAUGUAUAUUUUUUUGAUGUGCCUAUUUACGACAAGACGCUAACUAUGUUUCAGUUUUUUUCUCUCUCUCUCUUUCUCUCUCUCUCUCUCUCUACCCGAUCCCUCUUCUCAUUCCUCCCCUCCUAUACUCUCUCUCCCUCUCUUUCUCUCUCUCUGUCAACGGCUAGCCCCCCAGAGAGAGCGACGUCGCAGGAAGAGAAACGAAAGCGGCAGAAAUCCGAAACGCCGAACAAAAAUGUACAUAAAAUAAAAAAGCAAAACAAGCAUGUGCGGAGAGAGAGAGAAAAACGACCAGAAAGAUAAAAGCGCAGACAGAGAGAGAGAGACAGAGAGACGCCGGCACGAAAUGCAGAGGGGCAAGAGAGAGGAGAGGGCAGCGUGUCAUUGGAAUGAAGAUCAGAGGGUCCAGCGUUUGACAGAGGCACCCCUGUCCAUCACCAAUCCAGCGACGACCUCAAACAGAAGGGACUUGUGUUUGUGUAGAACCGACUCUUGGAGCAGAAUGAGUUAGUGUUUUUCAAUUUCCUAUUUUUAUUUUUUGAAAAGAAAGAAGUAAUAUAUAGAUAUGAGAAUGUC